ACGCGCAUGACGGAAUAUAGUUCCUAACAGUUUUCGGCGGAGUGAUCUUUCCUGAUACACUUAUAAGAGGCCGCCCGAGUGGGAAGCGCGUAGAUAGAACAAGCUGCCCCUCGUUGCCUUUACGAUAUUGGUUGUCUGGACCGGCUCGAGCCUUACGAGAAAAUGCAGAUCUUUGUGAAGACCUUGACUGGCAAAACCAUCACUUUAGAGGUGGAGCCAAGUGACACCAUUGAGAAUGUGAAGGCCAAGAUUCAAGAUAAAGAAGGCAUCCCUCCUGACCAGCAGAGGCUGAUCUUUGCUGGCAAGCAGCUGGAAGAUGGCCGCACCCUCUCUGACUACAACAUCCAGAAAGAGUCUACACUUCAUCUUGUGCUCCGCUUGAGAGGAGGCAUGCAGAUCUUUGUGAAGACCCUGACUGGGAAAACCAUCACCUUGGAGGUGGAGCCAAGUGACACCAUUGAGAAUGUAAAGGCCAAGAUCCAGGAUAAAGAAGGCAUCCCUCCUGACCAGCAGAGGCUGAUCUUUGCUGGCAAGCAGCUGGAAGAUGGCCGCACACUCUCUGACUACAACAUCCAGAAGGAGUCCACCCUGCACUUGGUCCUGCGUCUGAGAGGAGGCAUGCAGAUCUUUGUGAAGACCCUGACUGGGAAAACCAUCACCCUGGAGGUGGAGCCAAGUGACACCAUUGAGAAUGUAAAGGCCAAGAUCCAGGAUAAAGAAGGCAUCCCUCCUGACCAGCAGAGGCUGAUCUUUGCUGGCAAGCAGCUGGAAGAUGGCCGUACUCUCUCUGACUACAACAUCCAGAAGGAGUCCACCCUGCACUUGGUCCUGCGUCUGAGAGGAGGCAUGCAGAUCUUUGUGAAGACCCUGACUGGGAAAACCAUCACCCUGGAGGUGGAGCCAAGUGACACCAUUGAGAAUGUAAAGGCCAAGAUCCAGGAUAAAGAAGGCAUCCCUCCUGACCAGCAGAGGCUGAUCUUUGCUGGCAAGCAGCUGGAAGAUGGCCGCACACUCUCUGACUAUAACAUCCAGAAGGAGUCCACCCUGCACUUGGUCCUGCGUCUGAGAGGAGGCAUGCAGAUUUUUGUGAAGACCUUGACUGGGAAAACCAUCACCCUGGAGGUGGAGCCAAGUGACACCAUUGAGAAUGUAAAAGCCAAGAUCCAGGAUAAAGAAGGCAUCCCUCCUGACCAGCAGAGGCUGAUCUUUGCUGGCAAGCAGCUGGAAGAUGGCCGUACUCUCUCUGACUACAACAUCCAGAAGGAGUCCACCCUGCAUUUGGUCCUGCGUCUGAGAGGAGGCAUGCAGAUCUUUGUGAAGACCCUGACUGGGAAAACCAUCACCCUGGAGGUGGAGCCAAGUGACACCAUUGAGAAUGUAAAGGCCAAGAUCCAGGAUAAAGAAGGCAUCCCUCCUGACCAGCAGAGGCUGAUCUUUGCUGGCAAGCAGCUGGAAGAUGGCCGCACACUCUCUGACUACAACAUCCAGAAGGAGUCCACCCUGCACUUGGUCCUGCGUCUGAGAGGAGGCAUGCAGAUCUUUGUGAAGACCCUGACUGGGAAAACCAUCACCCUGGAGGUGGAGCCAAGUGACACCAUUGAGAAUGUAAAGGCCAAGAUCCAGGAUAAAGAAGGCAUCCCUCCUGACCAGCAGAGGCUGAUCUUUGCUGGCAAGCAGCUGGAAGAUGGCCGCACUCUCUCUGACUACAACAUCCAGAAGGAAUCAACCCUUCACUUGGUCCUGCGUCUGAGAGGUGGUAUUUAAACUUGCAUAUUGCAGGCUUAUAUCCAGCCACUCAAGUAAAACUUCACUGCACUUUGUUUCAAUAAAGCUGUUGCAUUCCCAAA